AUGCUGUCAUUGAGGAUCCUCUUUUCGAACAACUCGGUUGGAAUGCAAGACGCUCGACGUUUGUCGAGGCCUACAUCAUGGGCCCUUCCAACAUGUUCUACCCUUUUGCUGGUUUUGUCCAUCUGCACGUUCUUUUUCGUCACUUCCGCAUAUCUGUGCCAUCGUCAGUCGUGGACAAUCCGUAAAGCAAUGGCUACCGUAAUUUCCAACAAGUUGCAUCGAUACUGCACCGAUUCUGCAAGCAUAACAUCUGAGCUUGCGCAAUUACCAUCCAAAGAGCCCACGCACCUUGCCGAUAAACUCUACGGUGGCGAGCAUCUCGCUAUCACCGAACGCAAACCAUCUCACUUUCAACACCCCGCGAGUCAGGCAGAACUUGUACGCGCACAGGAAUGCGGCAACUGGGGAGAGAGUCAACCCAGCGAACUCUUUCUACAAUGUUUCCAUGCUGCCCUCUGCUCACUCGAACACGAUCCACUGGCAGGUAUGGUGAGCCCUAGCUUGAUGGGCAGUAACGGAGUUUUUCCUAUUACGGUUGUUGCGCCAGUGCCUGACAUCUGCCGGCACAUGGCGAACCUCAUUGUUCGGGCGGAGAAAGAAGUGUUUCUGGCAACAAACUUCUGGAUCGCUUCAGGUGCGGCAUCGAUCAUCACAGACGCUAUAAAAGAGCUUUCAAGGCGAGCCGGUGAGCGUGGAGAAAGAGCGGUUGUGAAAAUCAUGUACGACCGCGGAAACAUCAAGCAAGUCAUCGACAACCAUCAAAUGAUGUCAGUCGAACAGUAUACUGCGAAGGCCGUCAAAUUACCUGCCCCGGAAGAAAUUCCCAACAUCGACAUGGAAGUACAAAAUUACCAUCGCCCUAUGCUGGGAACGUUCCACUCGAAAUUCAUGGUCGUUGAUCGGAGAAUGGCUGUCGUACAGAGUAACAACAUUCAAGAUAACGACAACCUAGAGAUGAUGACACACCUCGAGGGAGAAAUUGUCAACUCUAUAUACGACACUGCACUGAUCGCCUGGGCGAGAGCUCUCAAUCCCCCAUUACCAUCUCUGAACACUCCGGCCACCAAUGCACAUGUUGCGAUGUUUCACGAUCCUUCCUUUCGAUCACUCUUUGACGAGCAGGGGAACCUUAGAAUGCGCCAUGACAGCUUCAGUAAGAGUGAUCUCGAGAGCAGAAAUGAAUCCCUCCCACUGCCAGACCGAGAAAACAGGGCACAUGAUCCAGACAUUGGGGCGGAUUUUGAGCGCAUGCAAGCGGUCCUCUCACCCAGCGAUGGAGAAACAAGAGUGAAUGCGGUCACUCGGCACCUCAAUCUUGCAACAAAACUUGAUCGCAAAGGAACGGCACCAGAUUGCGGCGCAGAAGACGACAUGAUACCAAUAUUCCCUCACAAGCCGCACGCCCCCUUCCCCAUGGCACUUGUCAACAGACGGCCUUGGGGUGCUCUCAAUCACCAGUGUGUAAACGUGCCACAAAACGAAGCCUGGCUGGCCGCCAUCAGAAGUGCCCAGCGGACGAUCUUCAUCCAGACGCCAAAUCUCAACGCUGCGCCGCUGUUGCCUGCGCUUCGAGAGGCAGCUUCUCGGGGAAUCGAGGUUACAUACUAUGUUUGCCUGGGCUACAACGAUGCAGGAGAACUGCUCCCUUUCCAAGGCGGAAACAACGAGAUGGUUGCAAAUGAGAUGUAUCAAGAAUUAAACGAAGAGCAAAAGAGGAAUCUGCGUAUCCAUUACUACGUCGCAAAGGGCCAGGUGUUCCCAAUCCAUAACAAGUUCAAGGCGAGGAGCUGUCAUAUCAAAAUCAUGAUCGUUGAUGAGCACGUUGGAAUCCAAGGUAACGGCAACCAAGACACGCAGUCAUGGUUCCAUUCGAUGGAAGUCAACAUCAUGAUCGAUUCGCAACAAGUGUGCCAAGACUGGAUGAAGCAGCUCCGGAGGAAUCAGAAUACUCAUCUAUAUGGGCUGGCAUCGCAAGAAGAUGGAAUCUGGAGGGACAAAGAUGGCAAGGAAGUUGCAGAUGGGAUUGGCAAAGACCUAGGAAAGUUUUCUUGGGCGAAAGGCAUGAUUGGCGCUAUCCAACGAGUGAGAGGGGUUGGGGAAUUCUAG